CGGCAGACUAAAACUCUUAACAUGCCAGCGGUUUUAUCGUGCAAAAAAACCCUACUGUAUUCUCCUCUUACUGUAGCUCAGUCCAAACAGCUGCAGCAGCGAACAGCAGAAGCUUUCUCCCUCUCCUCCUUGAAAUGUAGAAACGCUUAUUUCCGCUUUUAACGCGCAGGCGCCGUAGAAGAUGCUAUCAAAUCCGACACAAGUCCUCAUGACGCGGUAGCAGCAGACAGCUGGAUAAACUCAGCAGUUUCUAGGUAAAAAUGGCAGUGGAGAAGCGUCUGGCAUUCUCUAUUGUGCAGUUCCUACGAGAUCAAACACAUUGCGGUGCUUUGAAUUCUGAUGAGCAGGAGAGCCUUGAAGUUGCGAUACAGUGUUUGGAGACAACCUUUAAGAUCAGCUCCAGUGACUGCCAUCUUGCUGUGCCACAGCCUCUGACAGAGAUAUUCCUCAAUUCCCUACUCAAGAAUGACAACAUUACCAUACCAGAGACCUCCCCAUCUCCAGAAGACAUUGAACGAGCAGAGCAACUUAAAAAUGAAGGAAACAAUCACAUGAAAGAAGAGAACUACAGAUGUGCAGUGGAGUGCUACACAAAGGCCAUUGACCUGGACCUAAGAAACGCUGUGUACUACUGCAAUAGGGCUGCAGCUCACAGUAAACUGGGACAUUAUACAGAGGCAACUGGGGACUGUGAGAGAGCCAUUGGGAUUGAUCCUACCUACAGCAAAGCCUAUGGAAGGAUGGGUUUGGCUUUGACAGCCAUGACUAAGUAUCCAGAGGCAAUUUCCUACUUCAAGAAAGCGUUGGUAUUAGACCCUGAGAAUGAUACCUACAAAUCCAACCUGAAGAUUGCAGAGCAGAAGCAAAAAGAAGCAACCAGCCCGAUAGCGGCUGGAUUAGGAUUUGACAUGGCUAGUUUAAUCAACAACCCUGCCUUCAUCAGCAUGGCUGCAAGCGUGAUGCAGAAUCAACAAGUACAACAGCUUAUGUCAGGAAUGAUGUCCAAUGCAGUCGGGGGUCCUGCAGCAGGAGUGGGUGGACUGUCAGACAUUUCCAGCUUGAUUGAAGCGGGACAACAGUUUGCCCAGCAGAUCCAGCAGCAGAACCCAGAGUUGAUCGAGCAGUUAAGGAACCACAUCCGGAGCCGCUCUUUCAGCGGCAGCGCCGAGGAGCACUCAUGAUCUACUCAGUUUCACGUUUAUUUUCCAAGGAAGGGCAAUCAUAUCGUGCGAUUACAAUCUCUACACCCAUUUCUUGAAAUCAAAUCCCCGGCAAAGCUGGAAUGAAGAGACAAGGAUGGGAGAUGAAGGCACUUUACUGUGACUAAAGACUCUGGGGCGGAGAGACGAGGGCCUAGAGAGUGGACCAUGAAAUGAAGCAUCCCACACAUAUAUGGCAAAACAUAUUGCAAGCACCUAAUCCUAAAGAGAGCCAAGAACUCAUUCAGCCUACUGGGGGCACAUGAGUCAAUUUCUUCAGUGCUUUUACAUUCUGCAGAGAUCGUGUUUUACAUGUGCAGAAAAUACUGCCCUCUUCAUGUUCUCAGUUAAGGAUCCUUCUGUAUAGUCAUGAUACAAAGAGGGUUAGAGAGGAAUGUACUUUUACAGCAUCACAGGGAACAUUCCAUCUUUUUUCUCAUACAAUAACCGUAACACAUCAGGUUUAUAUUGCAUCUUCUUUAAUAUUAUUUUUGUAGACAGAAUACUUGUGUGUUGGGAACACGUAGACUCACAUCACUGCUUUUCAAUGAGUAUUACUUAACUUUUGAUUAAGGCAACCAUGUAAUUGUAUAGCAGUGUUUGCAGCCUGCAUUAUGUUGUUAUUGCACUUUAGCAAAAAUAAAUGUAUCCCCUUUAAGCAUAUUUAAUUGUUCAUUAACUAGUAACAGAGUGUUCAAAUUGUUCAUUUUGCAUGCUCUUAAAUCUGGUAUUUGAGAUCAGAUGCUUUAUGGAAACAAAUAGGUAUGCUAGGACAGCACAAUGUUUUGUCUAAAACAU